AGCAAGAUGCGUCAUCAGCAGUUGGUCAUCUCUUGGUUUGCCCUGGUUUUUCUGGCAUCUCCCCUCCUGGCCAUAUGGGAACUGGAGAAAGACGUUUACAUUGUAGAGUUGGACUGGUAUCCUGAUGCCCCUGGAGAAGUAGUGGUGCUCACCUGUAACACUCAAGAAGAAGACGGCAUCACCUGGACUUCUGACCAGAGCAGCGAGGGUUUAGGCUCUGGCAAAACCCUGACCAUCCAAGUCAAAGAGUUUGGAGAUGCUGGCCAAUACACCUGUCAGAAAGGAGGCGAGAUUCUGGGCCAUUCACUCUUGCUGCUUCACAAAAAGGAAGACGGGAUUUGGUCCACUGAUAUUUUAAAGGACCAGAAAGAACCCAAAAAUAAGACCUUUCUAAAAUGCGAGGCAAAGAAUUAUUCUGGACAUUUCACCUGCUGGUGGCUGACAGCAAUCAGUACUGAUCUGAAAUUCAGUGUCAAAAGCAGCAGAGGCUCCUCUAACCCCCAAGGGGUGACGUGUGGGGCAGCAACACUCUCUGAAGAGAAGGUCAAAGUGGACCACAGGGAGUAUAAGAAGUACAUGGUGGAGUGUCAGGAGGACAGCGCCUGCCCAGCCGCUGAGGAGAGCCAACCGAUUGAGAUCGUGGUGGAAGCUGUUCACAAGCUCAAGUACGAAAACUACACCAGCAGCUUCUUCAUCAGAGACAUCAUCAAACCUGACCCACCUAAGAACCUGCAGCUGAAGGCAUUAGCGAAUUCUCGGCAUGUGGAGGUCAGCUGGGAGUACCCUGACACCUGGAGCACCCCACAUUCCUACUUCUCCCUGACGUUCUGCAUCCAGGUACAGGGCAAGAACAAGAGAGAAAAGAAAGAGAGACCCUGCAUGGACAAGACCUCAGCCAAGGUUAUCUGCCAUAAGGACACCAAGAUCCGGGUGCAAGCCCGGGACCGCUACUAUAGCUCCUUCUGGAGCGAAUGGGCAUCUGUAUCCUGCAGUUAGGU